CAGGCACCACUUGGGGUUUCAUCUGUGACGAUGGGUUCCGGCCUGAGGCAGCGAGAGUCGCCUGUCGUCAGCUGGGCUACACACACACCACUGGCUCUUCUGGCGUCAUAACGUCCAGUAAUCACUCCUCCGUCGACCUGGAAGACUGGAUGAGAGGUUACGAGAUCGUGCUUGAUGACGUCACGUGUGACGGUGGAGACGGAGGGCUCCGAUUGGACAGCUGUUCUCACGCUCUGAUUGGUCACCAUGAUUGUCACGUGACUGAGGCUGUGUUUAUAAGUUGCUCCCCUGCUAACCAGACGGGUUAAGAAAAAAGCAAUGGCUACCUUAGAAGUACACAAUUCUAUCUGCUUAGUACCUAGUUUUGAGAAAUUGGACGUUUGACAAAAAAUUUGAAUUUCACAACAUGU